AUGUUACAACGGAGUGUUUCUUCAAUUCCCGUAAAAAGCAUUCCAACACACGUCCGUUAUGUUAAUGAUCCAUUAGCCAUUUCAUCAUCGCCAGUCGAGCCACAAAGACAUAAUAAUCAUAAUUCUGCAUUUGAUAAUCUAAAUGACGAUCUAGCUGGACUAGGAGAAGGUGAAAGAGAACGACAAAAUGAACAACAACAGCAAGCUGAAACAUGGUUAAAUUUGAAUGCCGAACAAAAGUAUUUAGAAACACCACCGUAUUCAAAUAAAUAUUAUUUACCAAAUUCAAAUGACUACAGACAAGACGGAAAACAACAGCAACCCUAUGUAUUUAUAACUAAAAACAUACCCGAGUAUUCAAACAUGUUGUACGGAUCUUAUCAUUCCUCGAGAAAAUUAUAUUCGCCGGUUAAACAAUGGAAAAGAUCAUUUAAUUUUAACAAUAAUAACAACAGCGAAAAUAUCAGUAAUAAUCUUAGUCAAAAUCCAUUUGCUAGUCUCACUUCGAAUUCGAAUCCAAAUAUGGGACAUCGUUUAUCACCAUCGUUAAAGCAAAUGAUUGAAACAAAUCCGUUUGCUAGAGCUUGGUUGGCACUCCUAUUAAGAAAAAUUGUACAAGAACAACCUGUACCAUACAUAUUUAAAUAUGGAAAAAAGUAA